CAAACCCUCACUCAACACAAUGAUACUACUAUUAUCCAUAACCCUCCCAAUACUAUUGAUUUUCUAUCUCCUCCAUAAAACAAAACCUCGGGCAAAAACCACUCUACCACCCGGCCCACCGCCUCUCCCGUUAAUCGGAAACCUCCACCAGCUCGCCACGGCCCCGGACCCACACAUCUACCUCCACCACCUCUCCAAAAAAUAUGGCCCCAUCCUCCACAUGAAACUAGGCUCCAUUCCUACCAUAGUAGUUUCCUCAGCCGAAUUAGCCAAGCAAGUAAUGAAAAUCCAAGAUUUAGCCUUUUGUAGCCGACCAAAAUUGCUAGGCCAGCAAAAACUCUCCUACAACAGCUCGGACAUCGUCUUCACUCCCUACAACGAAGAAUGGCGUGAGAUGAAGAAGAUCACACACAUUCAUCUCUUAAGCACCAAAAAGGUCCAAUCGUAUCGCCCCAUUCGCGAGCAAGAGAUCGCUCGUAUGAUCACGAGGGUCUCUGCUUCCACCUCCUCCCCUCUCAGACAAGAGAUAAAUCUUAGUGAGGUGACCAUGGCUGCUAGCGUCCGCAUGGUGUGCAGGAUUGUGUUUGGGAAGAGCUACGAGGAGGGAGGGGCGGAGACGAAGCGGUUCCUUCAGAUAACGAGGGGGUUUAGCGUGCUCACGAGCUCAUUCUUUGUGUCUGAUUACUUUCCCGCGUUUGGUUUGGUUGAUGUGAUAAGCGGAAGAGUGAAGAGAGCGGAUGCGAUGUGUAAGGGCAUGGAUGAGUUCUAUCAAGAGCUCAUCAACGAGCAUCUCGAAUCGAGGAGGAAGAAGGAGAUGAAGGAUGUCGAAGAUAUGCUUGAUGUGUUGAUCAAGCUUAAAGAAGACGAGUCUUCUUCUAGUGGUCUCACUUGGAAUAACAUCAAAGGGCUUCUAAUGAAUAUGAUUGUCGCUGCAACAGAAACAACUCCAGCGGUAACAAUCUGGACAAUGACAGCCCUAAUGAAAGCACCCAAAGCUAUGAAGAAAUUGCAAAACGAAAUCCGAAGUUUGGUAGGAGAAAAGGGCAAAGUAGACGAAGACGAUCUUCCCAAACUCCCAUAUCUAAAAGCCAUAGUAAAUGAGAGCAUGAGGUUAUAUCCACCGGGCCCUUUGCUUGUGCCAAGAGAGACAAUGGAAGCAUGCCUUCUUGAUGGCUACAAAAUCAAGCCGAAAACGAGGGUUUUUGUCAAUGUAUAUGCUAUAGGGAGAGAUCCACAGUACUGGGAAAAUCCAGAUGAGUUUGUUCCUGAGAGAUUCUUGAAUAGUGAAAUCGACUCGAAAGGGCAGGAUUUUGGGCUCGUUCCGUUUGGGUCGGGCAGGAGAAUGUGCUCGGGGGUGUCGAUGGGAUUUUUGGCAACUGAGCUUAUGGUGGCAAAUUUGGUGUAUAGUUUUGAUUGGGAAUUGCCAAGAGGAAUUCAUGCUCAAGAUUUGGAUACAAAUCCAACUAGUGGACUUGCAGUGCAUAAGAAAAAUGCCCUAAUACUUGUGCCUAAGAGAUAUGGGGUUUAGUGUGUGUAUAUGUGUGUAUUUAAUACUUGUGCCCUAAUUUGUAUAUGCAUCUUCUGUUUUACUAGUUAAUUAAAGGGCUUGUGUGAGCAUGUAUAUAAAGAUGCAUAGUGUGUGUUGUAAUUCCACCGAUCGACAUCGAAAAUGCAUUUAUCGUCCAGUCUUGGAAUGACUUGAAAGUCACAUUGGGCUUGAGAUACGUAUAGAAGGGCGAAAUCUUUAUUUUAUUAUUUUUGGAUAUUUUUUUA